AUGUCGCCUGUAGGACGCAACUCUUUGAUGACGGCUUUACAUGUUAUUGAACGUUACGCUUUAAAUACACAUGGUGUUGUGGGAUCAUUAUAUGAUGCUCACACAGAUAAUCUUCUAACGACUUUACCUGUAAAAACCAAUUCUAUUUCAAAAACAUAUGUGACAAAGGAACCAGUCAGCGAACUUAAAAUAAUUGACAAUUCAAAUUGUAUCAAUUUACUAAAGACAAUCGAUAUUGAAGAUGAAUUGAGAGUAAGUAUCGUUUUAGGCAUAGUUCAAAUUACGAAAGGAAUACUCAUGUUGAAUAAUUAUGAACUACCUAUUGAUCAUACAAUACUAUUAAUUCAUUAUCGUCAUAUUAAAGAAGAAGAACAUUUACCUGAUGAUAUUUCGAUUGUAAGAAAUAGUCUUCCACAUUCAUUGUCGAACGAUAGGGCUACUCACAUAAUAACCAGUGUCCGAAAAGGAAUUGAAUUUGUCAUUUUAUUGGAACUUACUAAUAAUGAAUACAGCAAUAAAAUUGAUUCUAUACUGAAAAAGCUUUGCAAGUAUUUCACCAUAUCUGAAGCAAAUUUUCUAUCAAAAGAAGAUCAACAGAACAUUAAUCAUCUUAAACCAACUAUUUUUACAUGUAUUGAUGAAAUUCGUACUCUUGCCGAUACCAAAAAUUUGAGUGACAUUUGUCAAAGCAUCCAUCGAUUUAUUUUCAAAUAUAAACACAAUAUACCAUUAUCCUACACAUUAAAUAGUGUACAACGUAUUUAUUACGAUGAUCCAUCUAAUCAAAGAAUAUCUUAUAAACUAGAUCCAUCAUUUCUACAAAAUAUCGAACAGAAAAUAGUCCCAUUAUGCAACAAGUUUAGAACUUUAGAUUACUUAUUUUCUGUCAAAAUAUCACCACAAUUAUCGAAAUGUCUCAAAAGUCUUAUUGAAGAAACAUAUGAAAAAAUAUCUGGAGUUAAAAAAUUAUAUGAGGAAUUUCAACAACUCUUAGCAAAAAAAGUUUUUCAAUUCCGUCAAGGUAAUUUUGAGGAACCGCUAUUUGAAAACGAAUUGAACAGUGAAUCAUUGAAAUUAUUGAACUGUGAGUUAGAAGCUCUUCAUGAUACAGUAGUCAAACUACAAAAUAAAGCUACUUUUAUCAAUAAACUAAAAAUCAAUUAUAACAUGGAAUAUUUAAAUGUCGCUGAUUUCGAAGACACAAAUGACGAUCAGUCAACUCUCGAAGGAAAACUUAUUUGUUUUAAUCAACAACAAAACAAUUACUAUCUUUGUUCUUCCGACGAACUACUGGAAAAAAUUCCCAACAAUCAUGAGACGUUUUGUAUGCGUUCACUCGAGAAAUAUCAAAAGAAUUUAUCAUUACGACUUGUAUUUGCUGAUUUUUCCUAUUGUAAAUAUAAAUUGGAUAUUAUGAAAAUACUAAAUGCAUCAAAUUCAAUUUCAAAAGUUUCUUCUUUAAUAGAAUCAAAUGAAAUGAAUGUUUUACUGAUAGGUGAAACAGGAGUUGGAAAAUCUACAUUUAUCAAUGCAUUUGUUAACUAUUUAGCAUUUCAUUCACUUGAUGAUGCUAAAGCUGGUGAACCUAUUGUACUUAUUCCUGUUUCAUUUCUUAUUACAAUUGGUGAUCAAUUCGAAGACAAAACUAUUCAUUUUGGUCAAUCUGAUUCAAACGAAAAUCGCAAUAAUUCAGGUCAAUCAGUUACACAACAUUGUCAAACAUAUAUAUUCAAUAUUGAUAAUAAUGUUAAAAUACGUAUCAUUGAUACACCUGGUAUUGGAGAUACUCGAGGCAUAGAACAAGAUAACAAAAAUAUUGAACAUAUACUGCAAUAUAUUAAUCAUCUUCCACAUCUGAAUGCUAUUUGCUUCUUAUUGAAACCAAAUACUACUCGUCUUAAUGGUUUUUUUCGAUCAUGUUUUAUGGAAUUAUUUACUUUUCUUGGACCAAAUGCACAUGAUAAUAUAGUCUUUUGUUUCACCAAUACAAGAGCAACAUUUUACACACCAGGAAAUACUGCGCCAGUAUUGAAAAACAUGUUAAAACAACUUCAUGCUGAUAGUGUUGCUCUAUUUUCGAAACGCAACACAUUUUGUUUUGAUAGUGAAUCAUUUCGAUAUUUAGCUGUAAUUAAAGCUACAAACGAAAUGGUAUUUGAUAAAAAUCAAGAAAAUGAUUUUAAUGAAAGCUGGAAAUUUUCAGCAGAUGAGUCGAUUCGUUUAUUAGAUUUUAUAAAAAAUAAGUCGAAAUGUACAGUGAAUAAAUUUCAUUCAAUAAGACAUGCUCAAAUGAUGAUUACAACAUUAGUCCGACCCAUACUCGAAACGAUACGUAACGCAUUACGAAAUUUAGUAUUACAAGACAUUGAUGGAAAUAAGCGAUAUGUCAUCGAAAUGUAUGUACAUUCUAUAUCCAAAUCCGCAAAUUUAUGUACAACUUGUCAUUGUGAAUCAUCAACAAAAAUUGACAGUAUUUGGAUUGCUAUCAAUUCAAUGCAUGAGUGUCGUAUAUUAAAUGAAUGUGCUACAUGUUCGUGUGCUAUUGAUAAGCAUUUACCUAUUUUAUAUACGCUAGAAUGCAAGGCAAGUGAGACAAAAGGAACAUGUUUUUAUUCAGAAACACAGCAGAUGAAAGAUCAUUUAUUACAAGCAAGUUUUAUAUUUACACGAUUUUUACUUCAUACAACUCAUAUAUCUCAAAAUCCGUUUUUACCUUGGUUUGACUUAUUCAUCAAAGAAGAAAAGGAAUUGUAUUCUGAAAAAUCAUCAAGUAGUUUAAAUGCUACAUUAUGUAAUAGUUUGUAUGCAGUGAGAAAGAAGUAUGUCGAAUAUUUAAAUGAAAUAAAAAAUGAUCAAGAAGAGAUUCAAUUAGAUUCUGUUUAUAAGUGUAUCGAAGAAAUACUCAUGCAUCCGAUAAUAUCAGAACAAAUGGAGGCUAUUAAAACAAGUCAAAUGAAAAUAUUGAAAGAUCAUGAACAUGAUGUAUCUUUACAACAUCCUCAUAUGAAUAUGAAUGAAUUUCUAAAUUCACAAACCAAUAAUUUUUGA